UUCUCCCAGGUUACUUCACUUGGAACUACCCAUGUCCCCACGUCCAGCAUCCGUAUGCCCAUAUCAUCCUCCACCAACUACACGACCUCCACCGGUACAUCCUCUCAUGCCUCCCUUACAUACCCGAGAAUAGCACAGCAGAACGACUAAAGUUCCUCGUCAUAUCCAGCUCAUUACUCGAAUCUCACCUACCUAGGAACGCAGCUGCGACAGCAUCGGCAACCGCACCUGCUACACCAAGAGCGGACCACCAACCCCUCUCCGAGCCGUCAACACCGCGCUUCGCUCCCCAAUGCACACCAUCAGCCCCCCCAUGCCCAAGGAUAGGCAUUUGGCUCACAGCCUGCGUCGGCGGCGCAUGCGCCCUCUUAGCAGGGAGCGGAACUGCCUUCGUCAUCCUCCAACUCCUCUGCCUAGGGUGGGGUAUCCUCUCCCCCCCGGUUCGCGCACACCGGCGCUCUCCAUCCACCAGCAGCACUCUGAGCAACAACUCCAACUCCCAAGAUCAGGAACAGGAAGAGUCUCACCUCGUGCUAGGGUCGGUGGACGCACUCGUCAGAGCUACCGAGCAGUGGGAUACGAACGUCUCUAGCGCACUGGACCUGCUCGAAGCGGACGAAUCCUCCCUCUCCUUUCCCAGUGGAUCACCCGCACAGGGGACGAACGACCCUACCUCAGCACUGCGCGACACCUUGCGUCAUUUCCUACUCUCCUCGACCCAGGCUGCAGAACACGUCCGCACAUCCCUCGCCCCGCUUACGGAUACCCAGACUCUGACACAGCUAGGGGUGAUGUAUGCUCCUCAGGCUGAUGUCCCAGGGAGUGCGCUAGGGGAGGGAGGGGACUGGGGAAGAGACCCAACCCCAAGGCCAAGGAAGAGGAACACACUUCCUCUCCCGCUGAUGCUCGGCUCUCCCUUACAGGAACAUCCCAGGAGCCCGCAGAGUCUUUCCAAGCUCCGCACACGGCCGACCCUCUCAACAGCAGGAUUAGGCCCGAGCGUUUCCUUUCCCCUUGGACUGCGGGAACUUGCUGAGCAGGAAGAGCACGUUCAGGGACAAGUGGUGCUACUCGAGACUGCUCACACUGGGCAAAACGCUCUGCCAACACCGUUCACCUCCCCCGUUGCCGUUGCGGGUCCUAGCGCCCCACACUCGCACUCGCAUACACGCACGCACAUGCCUUCCCGGACUCCUAUCUCCC